AUGCGUUUACAAAGAAAUUCCAUCAUAUGUGCUUUGGUGUUUUUAGUCUCAUUUGUGCUGGGAGAUGUGAAUAUUGUUUCCCCCAGCUCCAAGGCAACAUUCAGUCCAAGUGGUGGUACUGUCUCUGUUCCCGUUGAAUGGAUGGAUAAUGGGGCAUAUCCCUCGUUAAGCAAGAUUUCAACUUUCACGUUCAGUCUUUGUACUGGUCCUAAUAACAACAUUGACUGUGUGGCCGUACUUGCCAGUAAAAUUACUCCAAGUGAGCUAACACAAGAUGAUAAAGUUUACUCUUACACAGCUGAGUUUGCUUCGACCUUAACUGGGAACGGUCAAUAUUACAUUCAAGUUUUUGCCCAGGUGGACGGUCAAGGUUACACUAUCCAUUAUACACCAAGAUUCCAGUUGACUUCCAUGGGCGGUGUUACGGCUUAUACAUAUAGUGCCACAACUGAACCUACUCCCCAGACUUCUAUUCAAACAACCACUACAAACAACGCCCAAGCCACUACUAUUGACAGUCGUUCAUUUACUGUUCCGUACACCAAGCAGACUGGUACGUCGCGUUUCGCUCCAAUGCAAAUGCAGCCAAAUACUAAAGUGACCGCUACCACAUGGACAAGGAAAUUUGCCACUAGUGCUGUGACAUAUUACUCUACCUUUGGGUCAUUGCCAGAGCAAGCAACUACGAUAACUCCUGGCUGGUCUUAUACGAUAUCAUCGGGAGUAAACUACGCUACUCCUGCAUCUAUGCCUUCAGAUAAUGGUGGUUGGUACAAACCAUCCAAGAGAUUGUCUUUGUCUGCAAGGAAAAUCAACAUGAGAAAAGUAUGA